CUCUCUUGUCAGCGAAAUGUUGGCCUCCCGUACAGCACCGGCCGUCGCUCCCCGCCUCCUGUCGCUGUGCCUCCUGUUGAGCUGCACCCUCGCCCUUCUGCCCUCCGCAACUAACGCUGCUUCCCAUCCACCAGCUGCCCUUCGCCUGCUACUUCCCAGCUCGUCGCCUCUCCACAAUCUCCGUCCUGAUGAGUCUUACCCUCCCGAGGAGGAGGAGGUGGGCGUGGUGGUUGACCCAGUGAUAGCACAGGCGUUACUCCAGCUCCUAUCCCCUCCCGCCCUAGGCCGGAGGAGCUCCCAACCGCCUCCCGCUCGCCCCGUCCUGACCCUCCUCGCCAACCUCGCCAGACCUCCCCUCAAACGAGAUGCCAGACAGGAAAGCCUCAGACUCGGCUGGCCAAAGACUUCAAGAGUGUUAAAACCUAUCAGACCUUACCUUACAAAACCUAAAUAUUUUUUAGAGAAUCUUCGCGGAAAGACAAACCUGGGCACAGUGGCGAUGUGUCGGCUGGAUGAACGGAACUGCCCAACUGGGGACCAACUCGCCAAGAAAUCCGAGGGACCUUCUUGGUUCAGAUCACGGGACACUGUCUGGCGGAGGCUCAACUAUAUACUUGGUGGAAACCUCGAUCAGGAUUUCGACGAUGGUGUGUUAGUAUAAAACGCAGGCGUCCACUCAUCCCUUUCCAGCUGACCUUCCUACACGCCUUCUGCUGUGCCGAAUUCUCCCCUCCAUUCCCCGCUUGUGGAUGCCUAUAAUCAAACCUUUCUCUGAUGCUGCCUAUCCUUGACGAAACAUUUCUCGGGCUUUACGGCAGCUCCCAAGAAUCUUCCCCUCUCUCCGCUGCAUCUGGACAACAAGUCUCUACCUAACAUGAUACAUCUUACAAGAAAACAUUCCUCAGUUUCUACUCAUAACCCACUUACGCCUGCUGCUUCUCCCCGAGGGACUUGUGGUCAUGGUGCUGCUGAACGGGGUAUAUUCCUGAUGGUCCGUCCCAUCAGCUCAUAUGACAAGGAUGCACUUUUACUGAAAUUCCCAAAAGUGAAUACUCAAGACACCAAGGAAACUAUUUACUACCCCGGUGAAUUAUUUAAAAUCUAAGACUUUAAAUUGUAACAAAUUAUAUCUUCAGUGAAAUUGAUUAAUUGUUAUUAUUUAAACCUGUAAGAGAGCAUCCCAUGUCACGUUUUUUCCACUGAAUGAGGUGAUCAUAUGUUUGUAAUAAUAAUUAAAGUUCAUAAUUCGA